AUGUCGCGGGUCGAAGACGAUGCAAGGAACCGUCAUAUCGAAUAUAACUGGAUCGAUGGCACGGAAUCGCUUGAAAAGUACAGACCCGGAGGCUAUCAUCCUAUCAUGAUUGGGGAUAUGCUUCACGGGCGAUAUCGCGUCGUGGAUAAACUAGGUUUUGGAGGUUAUUCAACUGUUUGGCUUGCUCGAGAUACUUGUCUGGAACACUAUGUGGCUGUUAAAGUUGGUAUAGCAGACUCAGCUCUGCAGGAGACCAAUAUCCUCCGCGCUCUUUCUACGCCAUUACCAUCGUCGUUGCCCGUGCAUCCAGGGCAUAGUGCUAUUCCCCUACCCUUGGAUGAAUUUAAGGUGAAUGGCCCUAACGGAAGACAUAUAUGCUACACAACGACUCCUGCCCGAUGCAAUCUCAGAGAAGUAUCAUUUAGUCACCUGUUUCCUCUUGAUGUUGCGCGGGCGCUAUCAGGUGGCCUUACACUAGCUAUUGCGUAUAUGCACUCACAAGGCUAUGCUCAUGGAGAUAUCCACCUCCGUAAUGUCUUGGUUAAACUCCCAUCCAGUUUUGAUCACCUCUCAGUUGAGCAGCUAUAUGACCAAUACGGAGAACCUGAGACAGUCCCCAUUACACGCUGUGAUGGAAAACCACUUCCACCAAAUGUCCCAGCAAAGGCAGUGUUACCACUUUACCUUGGAAAAGAUGCCGAGGAAUUCUCACUAUCAGAUGCGCACGUGCUUCUGGGCGACUUUGGCGAGGCAUUUGCCCCAGACUUAAAAGUCCGCAACGGAGAAGACUGCCACACACCGCUAGCAAUGCGACCACCAGAGGCCCGGUUCGAACCACAGGCCCCUCUUUCAUAUUCCGCAGAUAUCUGGAGCUUGGCCAUAGCAAUCUGGGAGAUUCUUGGCAUGAAGGCUAUUUUCAGCAGUGAAUUUGCUACUGCUGAUGAAAUAGCUUCCCAGCAAAUUGAUGUGUUGGGGCCGAUGCCCCUCAAGUGGUGGGAGCUCUGGGGAGAGCGGGGCCAAUUCUUUGAUGACAAUGGACAUCCAAAAGAGGGUCGGUAUGUGUGGCCACCGAUUGAUAAGGCAUUUAAGGAAAGUGUACAGACGUAUCGGCGGAAGCUGGGGGUAGGCGAGUUUGAGAGGGAGGAAGCAGCUGCCAUCUUAGAUUUGAUGCGUCAGAUGCUGGCAUUCCGACCAGAAGAACGACCGACAGCCGAAGAGGUCCUACAGUCGGAGUGGAUGGUAAAGUGGGUAUUACCUGAGCUUGAGCGACGGUCGCUGAUGAAGUAG